AUGACGAGCACGCGCCCGAACGGAUACGACAGCGAUCUGCUGGCGAGCGCGCCUGCCGCGAGCAGGGCGGAGAGGCAGGAAGGGUACAACGUCGACCUGCUCGAGAAGGGCGACAGCCCGCCGCCGCUCUCGUUGAACUCCAAAGAACAACCGCCGCCCCCAGCGCCUCCGCAACACGCCGCGACCACAGCGCCAUUCUGGCGCACGCGCAAGGGCGCGGCGCUCAUCGCCCUCCUGGCGCUCGUCGUCCUCGGCGCGGUGGUCGGCGGCGCGGUCGGCGGGACGGUGGGGAAGAAGCACCGCCAUUCUGAUUCCUCGAGUGCGUCUUCGAGUGCGAGUAGUUCGGCGGCGGCCGCGGCGAGUAUGAGCUCUGGCGGCGCGUCGCAGGGCGUGGGCUCGGACGCGGGGCCGGGGCCAACUGUUCUCUCGGUGAUUUCUGGGGCGACUCCCGCGCCGAGUCAGACGGCGUCGGCGCUUAUUGGGAGGAAGUAGGAGGGACGGUUUGGUGGCGGCCGGGAUGUAUCUCAACCAUUAUAUUCUUGAGGGUGUGAUGUAGAACGGGGUGUACGGACAUUGCUUUGUUACCGGGUAUCGUAUCUUAUUCUGUAUCAUAUGGUCUACUAGUAUGCGCUGGGCUAUCUCAUCGGAUAUACAACUCAGGGCUGCGUGCUGUCUCCUCG